AUGAGUCACUCAAUUAAGUUAAUUAUUAAUCUAAUUAUUUGUUUGGAUAUCAUAUUAAUUGGAUAUGCAUUGCAUUUAGAUAAGAGAUCCAACAAUGAAUUUUGUAAUCCAACAAAAGCCGACAAAUUAAACAUUCAUAUCAUAAGUCAUACACAUUUAGAUGCUGGUUGGGUCAAAACAUAUGAUGGCUAUUAUAAAGAUAGUGUUUUUGAUAUCUUCAAAACAGUCAUCGAGAGUCUAACCUAUAAUGAUGCGCCUAAAGAGCGAAAGUUUACGUUUGUCGAGAUGUGCUAUUUUAACCGUUACUGGAAUGACCUGAAUGAGACUCAACAAGAGUUGGUCAGACAAUUGGUGACAACCGGAAAGUUACAGUUCACGAGUGGGGGUUGGGUUAUGAACGACGAGGCGUCGCCCCAUUACGCCAUGAUUAUCGACCAAAUGAGUUACGGUCACCGGUUUAUUAACCAGACGUUUGGUCGGCAGUACGUUCCGACCACCGGCUGGCAAAUCGAUCCUUUUGGUCACACGCGAGAGUAUGCGUCCAUUUUGUCGCAAAUGGGUUUCAAUGCACUUCUUAACGGAAGAAUCGAUUAUCAGGACAAACAAAAACGAAUGACCGACAAGAGUAUGGAAUUUAUUUGGAUAACUGAUCCCAACUUAAAGACCAACAACUAUUUGUUUUCGGGAAUCACUCCCAGCGGCUAUUAUCCGACAGAUGGCGUGAGUCUCAACUAUAAUUACCGACGCAAUGCACCGUUUCUCGAGCGGCGGGCGGCCGUUGAAACUAAAGGCUACCGAACCAAUCAUUUAAUGGCCACAAUGGGCGGUGAUUUUAACUAUUACUUCGCUGAGUUUAGCUUUAAAAAUUUGGAUCAAUUGAUUGAUUUCAUGAAUAAAAAUCAUUCAGACAUUCAUCUUCUAUACUCAACACCUGAUUGUUAUGUUCGGGCAGUUUAUGAAUCGCAUACCAAUUGGACAGACUAUAAGUUUGACGACUUUAUGCCGUACGCCGACCGGUUUAACGACUAUUGGAGCGGAUAUUUUACAAGUCGACCGGCUUUCAAGUAUCUUAUGAAUUAUGCCUAUAGUGUAUUGCAAAGCGCCAAACAAUUGAUAGCCCUGACCGGCAUCUACUCGGAAAAGUCUAAACAACUAAUCAAACCUCUGGAGGAAUCGGUAGGCAUUGGUUUACAUCACGACGCCAUCAGCGGUACGAGUAAACAGUUUGUUAGUGAUGAUUAUGUGCGGAUGUUGUCCCGGGGAUUGGCAUACAGUGAUGAGCUCAUAGCCGGUGCCUAUCAAAAGUUGUUUGGCACACAUCUGAAGCCACAUUUUUGCCAUCAAUUGAAUGUCAGUGAUUGCAAGAUUUUGGCCAAAUCUGAAAACAGUUCCCGCAUUGAAAUCGCUAUCUAUAAUCCGUUAGCCCAUGAUAUCCAGCGAUCACUACAAUUGCCAUUAGUUGAUAAUAAUUAUAAGAUUGUUGACGAAAAUGGCAAAGAAAUUGAAUACCAGAUAUCAUUAUUACCAGAGUUUAUACAAUUACUGUCUGAACGUAAAACUAAUGCUAAAUACGAGCUAUUGUUUAAUCCGGUCUUAAAAGGUCUGACAUUUAGCCGAUUUUAUUUACAAAAUGUUGAAAAUCAGUCAAAUCAGAAACAAUUUGUUGACCAGAAAAGUGAUAAAUUGAAUGAAGAAGUGACAGCAAAAUACAUCCAUAUAUCUAAUGAUGAAAUGAAUGUAACAAUUGAUGUCAAAACAGGACUUUUGGCAGGAGUUGAAUAUAAGGACUCAUUUGUGUCCGUCCGACAAAACUUUGGAUAUUAUACUAGAGGUCGGGGAAAACCUUCGGGUGCUUAUUCUAUGCACACCAAUGGUUCAGAUCCUGUGAUUAUAGCAGAGAAAGCAAACAUUACUGUUCGCAGAGGAAAGUUAAGCGAAGAGGUAUUACAAGAGUUUACUCCAUGGCUUAAACAAAUCAUAAGAGUCUAUAAAAAUAUGAGUGAUAUUGAGUUUGAAUGGAUUGUUGGACCACUUCCUCGCGAUAAAGAUUAUGAGAUUAUCUCUAGAUUUGAUACCGGUUUCAAAACAGAAGGUGUUUUCUAUACUGACUCUAAUGGUAGGCAAACAUUGAAACGAAAACGAAAUUAUAGGGAAACCUGGAAUCUUGAGACCACAGAACUGGUGGCCAGUAAUUACUAUCCAGUGACGGCUUGGAUAUCAAUUAAGGAUCAGUUAAGUGACCUACAGAUGACUGUUUUGCCCGAUCGUACACAAGGAGGCUCUAGUCUUAAAGAUGGAUCCGUUGAAUUAAUGAUUCAUCGACGGUUACACAACGAUGAUGGAUAUGGUAUGGAAGAGAAAUUGGAUGAACCGGGAGUUGAUAACAACGGACUGGUAGUUAAAGGAAAGCACAAGUUAUUGAUAAGUCGUAUUGAAGAUAAUAUGAGGGAAUUGAAGAUUAUCAGCAAAACUAUCUUUUGGCAACCGUUACUACUGUUUGUGGAUCUCAACGAUAGUUUGCUGUCUAAGACAACUGAAAAUAAUAACAAACUGGUUGUCAAUCCUAAUAUUGGUCCGUCCAUUCAUUUGCUGACAUUGGAACAGUUGGAUGAAGACUUGCUGUUCAUACGACUAGAGAACAUCUUUGGAACAAACGAGACAAUCGAGAAAUCAGUUUCGGUGACACUUAACAAUCUCUUUGUGGGCAUUGAGUUAAUAGAUGUCACCGAAACAGGACUAACUGGCACUCAAUCCGUUGAAUAUAUUAGACAACAUCGAUAUCGUUGGAGUUGUGGUGAUAUAUGUCUGUCAACAAUUCAACUAUCAAUUGUCACCCAAUCAGAUCCGAUCUUUCAUUUUGAAAAUUAA